UUUCUUACUUACAAUAUUGAAGUCUUGUUUUUUCCCCUACGAUUCACAAAAUUUGUGUGUUCUGCUUCUCCGUUUCAAACGUAUCGCUGAGUUAAGUGGAAGAGAGAGAGCUACAGAGAGAGAGGCUUUGUUGAAGGUAAUCAGCAGACCAAUUAAUAAACUUCACAGAAUAGUUAAACUCUUCAUACCACUUGAUCAAGAAAAGAUGUCUUCUAAUCCAACGGAUUAAAUGUUCAACCCUCUCUCAUAAUAAAGUUUUGUGGUUUGCGUAUGCAAAUAGCAGUAAAAGUGUAGGACAGAGUGCAGAUAGCUGGUUAGAGAUAGCAGAAGAAAGCGAGUAACGUAAAAAUCUAUAUGUUCUCGGAAACACCUUCAUUUCAUUAUACAGCAUAGUCCGAAUCAUCUUCUUCUUUCUUCGGCGAGAGUUGUAGUCGUAUGGGAACCUAAGCGAAAAAAAGGAACUUGUGGCAGGCAAGGAUCAGAUGCAUAGUAGCUCCAUCCCCGCUUGUGACCCUGAAAAGCUGCAAGACAAGGCUCCCGAGAAGCAGAGCGAGUCUGCCAAGGAAGUGAACCUCACGAUUGUUGUCUGCAAUGGAGAUUCUAGUCGAGCACAUGAAACCGCAGAAUUGGCUCAGGUCUCCGUGCCACUGCCAGUGGAGAAGGAAGAGUCCCCGAAAAAGGCCUGCUUGUCCAGGAAUGCCAGCUCUCACGAGCAGUGUAGGGUUUGCCAACAAGAGAAAGAAGAGGCUUUGAUUGAACUGGGGUGCCAAUGUCGUGGUGGAAUUUCUAAAGCACAUAGAACAUGCAUAGAUGCGUGGUUUCGGACAAAAGGCUCUAAUCAGUGCGAGAUCUGUCAGGCAGUAGCUGUCAACGUGCCACCUCCAGAGACCCAACCAACUACAAAUUACUGGGUGUGGAGGAUUGAUCCAAGCUAUAGACAAGAACAGCGUGAAAGAGGAUGUUUCAGUCCACUCUGGGUAGCAUUCUCUAUUCUGAUAGGCGGUCUAAUGCUGGAUGUGUUAAUAUCCAUCACACUCGGUGUGUCUGCGCUCCCGGUUAACAUAAUCAUUGGAGUGAUAGUGUUGCUAGGGCUAGGAACAGCGUUAAGGCUGACUUUGGAGUUCUGCUACGAAUGGAGCUUGAGAAGAGCGGUUCAAAGGGCGGUGCAGAGGAGCGCUGAAUCAAACUUUAAUAAUAUUGCAUACCCUCCUGCCUUGUAGUUGUGGGAUAUGUGCACUUGUUGAAAAAACUCUCUGUGUAUGUAAAAGUUGUGUUGUGUGAGACUUGUGAUUAUUUUACAAUGCUGAAUUUGUUGGGAGCAUCACUUUGCCUCUUCUUUUUCUAUAGCUCAAAUGUUUACAAGUACAGUAACAAACCCAACAUAUUUUUGGGUUUCUCUGAUA